AUAUGAGAUUCCGUGUAAUUGAGUUAAUUUCACUCAAAUUUGGGUAAAUCCAAACGAGUGUGGCAUCUCGAGCUGUCAAUUGACACUCCGUACACACAGCUGAUCAUGUUUACUUUAAAAAUGAAUGCAUUCGAUGCAGUUUCUGAAUAAGGUCCAGAAAGGAGUAUUUUAAAAUACAACUGUUACUGAUAGUCGUUAAAUAAAUAAUUUACUUGGAGUAAACAAAUGUGACCAAUAUGUCCUUUCAGUUUGUGCAAAAUUCAACGAACAGUGAAUCAGACAACGACUUGGAUUUCACCUUCAUAAAAGUUGAAACUGUGAUAGAACCUCAGCUUGUGGAAGGCUUUACCGAAGAUUCGGAAGCAGCACACCAACAGCCCAAAACUAGCUCGUUUUGCACAUUAUGUCUACGCAAAUGUGCUCCAGAACAUCUCUUAGAGUUCCGUUCAGGGAUGAGCCUCGAUUCCACCGAUAUCGAUGCUGCUGAACGGAAAGUACAUCAAGCGCUCGGUUUGGUUCUGAAACUUGAAAACCGGGACAUUUGCCACACGUGCUGGAAGCUUGUGCAGAUGAUAACGGAUUUCAGAGAGUGCUGCACGAAGGCUGCUAGUAAAUUGGAACAGUUUCCUUUGGGAUUGGCCAAUAGCGAGGAAUGGACUUCGGAAGCCACCCUGAGUGGGAUCGAUCAAAUUCAGAAGGCCAUCUGGGAACAUAGCUGGGCGAUGGAUGCACAACAAGGACAUGUUGUUCAAGAGAAAUUGGACACAAAUUUGGAAAUGAUCGAUGUGCUUCCGAAUGUCGCAGAUGACGGAUCAAAGGAUGAUACCCUCAAUGAUAUGGAAGCUAUAUUGUCGAAGGAAUUUAAACGUUCAAGAAGGAAACCUACGAAAAGGAAGAAACCUGUACCGAAAGAAGAUGUUGUCGUUCAUUCGGCCAAAGUUCAGGAUGAUGAAGGCGAAUAUCAACCUGCUAAAAGAAUGAUAGCAUCAAAACCAAUCGAACUCGAAGAAGAUCACUACCAGGUCGAGAUUUCUUCGUGCACCAUCUGUGACCGGAACUUCGAUGGCCAUCGUGCCCUCAUAUUGCAUCAAACGCGUUGCACGACGGAAAGCCCAUCAACCAAAAAGUACUACAGCUGUCCGAUUUGCACGGCUUCGUUCCUGGAGAACUCGGGAUUGACGUUCCACCUGAACAAGCACAAAGGCCUCAGACCGUUUAAAUGUCGGAAGUUUUGCGACAGAACCUACGCCAGCAAUUACACGCGCAUCAAACACGAACGAAGGUACUGCGAACAGGAUGGCCGCAUCUGUCCAACUUGUGGCGCAUCGUUGAAAAACGAGGCUUCUCUGAAGUUGCACAUUCAGAGCGUACACGGCGAGGCCAAGUAUUCGUGUGAAAUCUGCGGGAAAAGGUUUAAGAAUUUGAAUAUUUGCUACGACCACAGACGGGUGCACUCGGAUGAGCGGAAGUACAUCUGUAAGGUGUGCAACAAAGGAUACAAGAGCCCGUUUGCCCUGAAGACGCACACCCGCAUCCACACGCAGGAGCGGCCUUUUGCCUGCCAUCUGUGCGAGCAGGCUUUCAACUACAAGGUGCUGCUGAAGGCUCACAUCGAGCGGUACCAUGGGUCGAAUAAAAUCGGUUAGAGGCGCCGGGUGGGUCGCAAUAUUAGGUUAGACACUUUCAAGAGCACAUGAAUCUGAAUCGAUAACAGGGUAAGCUUAUUUAAAAUGUUAGGUUUAUAUUAUGUCGAUGUAUUGAUAUUGAAAUCAUCAAACUGUACAAAAUAAACUAUAAAAACUAAUCUGAGAA